CGCAUUUGCAGUACUCAACGGUUUUUACAUUCUUCAAUUGGUGCGUACCUGCAGAACCAACUGGCCGCUGCCAGCACCAGCGGUUUGCCUUCCACUUCUUGCGCGCCAGCACUUUCACUUUUCUCCUGCGUGAUUCUAUUCCCGUCCGCUGUAGAACGGUGAUACUUGCGAGCGCGUACGGCCCCUUUAUAGUGAAUUGUUAGGGCAGUGGCGCAAAAAUGAGGGCAGUACUUUUGGUUUCUUUUCUGAUCCUGCUCUGUGCAAUGCUCUCAGAUGCUAUACAGCCCAAGGCGCCCAAUUUCCAGUACUUUGAACGGCCCAAGUAUCGAUACCCUUACUACGACUCAAAUGGAGUAGGACGGCUGCUUUACGGCUAUGGAGACGACAAACUUUAUCAGUACAAAGUUUUCACCCCCUUGGAAGGCAUCCACUAAACUCCGUUAAGUUUCUUCACCGAUCUAGUCGAUUAGUUGUAGUUGCUUGAUACUCAGAGCCUAACAUAAAAUAACAUUUAAUAGUAAAUGUAUAAAUAAUAAAGAUAAAACAAAAUAUGGUUCAGCUCUUAGGAGUUAAAACAUCA